AUGGAUGCUGCGCGAACCCUCAAAAAUUCCGAGUUCGACCUCACGAAGGCCAGGGAGGACUUAAAGGAGGUAACCAGAGCCAAGGAUAGUGCUGAGGUAGGCUUGACUGGUGCCCAAAAACAGGUCGAGGAGCAGACGAGGUGCCUAUUUGCUGUCGAGGAGCAAUUGGAGAUUGCCAAGGAGCAGAUCAGUGAUUUAAAGAAGAAACUGAUCGAAGCAGAUAAUGCUAAGGGCGUGGCAGAAUUUGCCAGGGAUGAAGCCGUGAGGGCCAAGACAGAGGCUGAGUUUACCAGGACUAAGACCGAGACUGCUAAGGACAAGGCCGAGGAGGAGGGCUGUGAGGCGGGGGUGGCUGAAACCCAGGCCCUCCUUAAAUCUCAAAUCCCUGGAGUAGCAGUAGCUCAGGAAGCUGUACUCAGAUCUGGAGUAUGUGGUCCCAGGUUUCGAGCUAGGGUGGAAGCUUCGUCCGAUUUGUGGAAGGCAGAGAGCGUAUUUUAUCCUGCAGCCAUCCGUGAGACUGCCUCCGCCAGCUCCGAGACUAUAAGCGUUCCAAAGGAGGUUGAGGCUGCUCAGUCAGAAGCUACUCAGAUCAUGGUCGUUCCUAGCGAGUCGACUGAGGGAGGAGAGCCUCAUGAGGUGGCAGAAGCACUUGGAGGUCUGAAUCCCGAGAUACCUCAAGAGGCUGCCAAGUCUAUGGUCAGUGCUCAGAUCUCUGGUGCCGAGGAGCCAGCCAUAUUUGUUCAGUCCCUUCAGGCCAUUCCCCUUACUGAUGUCCCCAAGGGCACCGAGGCUGAUCCUGCUCAACCUUCCCAAGAAGGGGAUGCCUCCCAGGACCCCGAGGCUAAUCCUGCUCAGCCUUCCUAG